AUGUCCGCUCCCAUCACUAAGGAAAAGCAAGAUCAAGAACAAGAACAACUGACCUACAAGAUCAGAAUCACCUUGACCUCGACCAAGGUCAAGCAGUUGGAAAACGUUUGCGCCAACAUCAUCCGCAACGCCGUCCAAAAUGACUUGGUCAAGAAGGGUCCCGUCCGUAUGCCCACCAAGGUCUUGAAGAUCACCACCAGAAAGACCCCCAAUGGUGAAGGUUCGAAGACCUGGGAUGCUUACGAAAUGAGAAUCCACAAGAGAGUCAUCGACUUGCAAGCCCCCACCGCCAUCGUCAAGAAGAUCACCCAGAUCACCAUCGAACCCGGUGUGGAUGUCGAAGUCACCAUUGCUGCUUAA